AUGAAACAGAGUGGAUCAUUUGAAGACGCGGCAACUCCAACGGCCGAAGCAGUUGAAGUUCCACCCCCCUCACUCAGCUAUAACCAAUCAGAUGCCGCCGAGAACGAGGAGGACGAAGACUACGAUCCCAUGGUUGACGACAAUUACGAACAGGACCUGCGCUCCGAGGAAGAAGACUCUGACUUGAGCGAACUA